UGAGCUCGGUUUUGAACAUCGAAUAAAAAGAGCCACACAUUUUUAUUCAGUCGCAAGGCAUAGCUAUUUGCCUUGUCUGAGAGGACUAAAUUUUGAUGGCAGUGGGAAUGGCAUUACCAAUGCCUACCAACAUUCCAUAUGCAAGUCCAUGCCUUUCUCACUUGAAUAUGAAGCUUACGCCCAUUUCAUCACUUCCAGUAGUGAAGAACAAGAUGGUACCGCCACUCUUGCCAUCGCUAAAUUUUAUCCGAGUCACUGGCCGUUUAGGGUGCACUAAAUUCGGUUCGCUUCCUUCGAGGAGACUGCAAGCCAAUUCUAAUUCUACAGGAGCGGGGGAGUUGUUCAAAGAUGAACCACCACGUUCUAUCGAGUUACCCUGUCUCCCCUUCACCAUUGCGGAGGUGUUCGUUCCAUCGGCGAGUACAACACUGCAUUUAUAUGAAGCAAGAUUUUUGGCCUUGCUAGAAGAGGCAAUGAAUGAGCGUAACAAUUUCUUUGUGCAUUUCGUACUUGAUCCAGUUUCUGAAUUUGGAAGUUCGUUAGUCACUUCAUUUGCUGCUAGAUAUGGUUGCCUCUCUCUCAUAGAGAAUGUAAAGCCCCUUGAAAUUGGAGCCCUUGUUACUAUAAGGGGAAUUGGACGUGUUAAUAUCAUGUCUCUUACUAAGACAGAACCUUACCUCAGAGGAGUGGUCCUUCCCAUGCAAGAUGAAAUACCCAGUGAUUCAAAUUCAGUUGAUGCUUCUGUAGAAGAUCUAAAGCUAGCUUUGACAGAUCUACAUUGCCUUCAAAUCAAAUUGAAGACCUUGAAGGAUGAACAAUUACAAACUCCCCUUUGGAACUCCUUGAGAUGGGCUGAAAAGGAAGAUUUCUUGGAUUACAACAAAACAUUUGUUCCACGUUUGGCAGAGCGUAUCUCAUUUGCAGCAUUACAACCUGUUGUAGGUGCAACAGUCUCAGAAAUACAGGGUUUGUUGCAAGCAAGACUAGAGGCAAUGGAGUCAAGAAGCACGGUUAAGAGGUUGGAGAGUGUCAUGAAGUUGGUGAACGAAAGCAAAGCCUUAAUUGCUGCCAAACUCGCCAUUCAGUCUUUAAAACUCUAGGCCUUGGCCUACUGCUGUACUCAGCUUUUGAAAAAACAAAAGUGAUUGUGACAUUGCCUCUUUGUACAGAUGAUAUUUAAAAGCUUUAAUCUCUAUAGUAAAAGGUUUCCUAAUGGACAUUAUCUUUGGUCUGUAGGACCUGCCAAAAUCUACCAUUCAAAUAUAUAUUCUAAUCUGUCUUUGAUUUCUUUGAGCAAUAAAUCAUAUAAGUUGAUAUUCA